GGUGGGGGGGGGGGGGGGGGUACACGCCGUCGCCGCAUCGCACACGCUCGCACACACCAGGCGGGUGGGACCGAUGGGGGAUUGAUAAAACGAGGCCAGGUUUAUCAGCGGGCGAUAAGUGAAACGAAACGUCGAUAGCCGCUUGAGUUGAGUCAUGGCGUGGCGUGGCGUGGCGUGGUGUGGUGUGGCGUGGCCACCCCAAAACGCCCAGCCAACGGUGCUGGAAGCAGUGGUAAGGGGAGCAGCAACCGAAUCACAAGUGUCUCCCAGGCCCGUUUGUUCCCGUUUCGCUUUCUUCUUUGUUUUUUUUUCUUCUUUUUCUUUUUGGUGGAAGCAACAGCUGGUGGUAGUGGAACGGGUGGGGGAAGGGGAAAGGGUGCAUGUCCUCGGUCGCCGAUCAACCCGCCAACCAUCAAAAAACGAGCCAAUGCUGCGCCAACUGUUCAACCUUGCCCGGCUGGUGCUGGUGGCCGGCCGGAAGUACGGCAAACCACUCAUCCUGCUCGUCUCGUUUGCCGUGUUCGUGUGGCUGAUCGUCGAUACGGUACACCGGCCGGAAUUUGUGCGCCCGGCCUCAUCGUCCCAGCAGCAGGACGGCGGGGAAAGACCGGAGCGCUGGAGUGAAUCGAGUGUCCAGCAGUUCCUAGUCCUGCUCGGGCUCGAUCCGAACGCACAGUUGAACGCAGACGGUCAGCACCUGAGCGAGCAGUGCCAGCUUCCGGUCAGUGAUGCCCAACUACAGCAGCAGCAGCAGCAGCAGCAGCACCUGCUGCUGACUGCCUUCGCCGGUGGUUCGUUGCUCGAGAACUUGUGGCACUACUUCUCGCUGAUCGCGCUCACGCAUACUCUGGGGAGCGAACGGCGCACGGUACAGCCACUGCUCACGGUGUCAGCCGCGGAGCAGUUGGGCGAGCUGUUUACAAGCAUUCCGUACGAAACGAUCGACGAUGUGGACCGGCUGCAGUGCUACGAGCUGGCCGCAGCGUACAUCCUUGACGAUGCCAAUCCGGUGCCGGUGCCGCCCGACAGUCAGCGACCGCUCUACAUCCUCAACAACAAUGCCAAGCGUACGGUGGAGAUCGCAGGGAUGCGCUGGAGGGAACAGUGGGCUUACUUUGACAUUGGAGAGGAGCAGCGUCAGGUGGCGCUUGGUAUGCUGGCGGAGCUGCAACAGCGCGCACACCAGGCCGGUGAUGAGGUGGAAGCGGCAGCCGAUCUACAGUUUGUCGGCAUCAACAUCGGGGCGGACGAUGGGCUACCGUUCGAGUACUACUACCGGGCAAUCAGCUUCCAGCGCAAGAUGCACGAUGGGGGCCGGCUAGCGGUGGUUGCCAUCUGUGAGCAGCCCGAUGGCAAGGUGUGCCGCCUGCUCGAUGCCCCUGGCGAGCAGAGUUUCGUCGUCAGCCGCAGCGCGAAUCCCGUGACGGACUGGGCGCUAAUGGUGCUGCUGAACCACACGAUCGUGUCGAGCGAGCAGGACAUCUUUCCGGCGCUGGUGCGCGAUUCCGGCCGGACGGUGGUCAGCGGACAGUACGUCGGCGAUGUGGCCAUCGUGCUGUCCAACCUGAAGGAGCAGUGGUACGCGCUGUUCUGAUCGUGCCAGCGAACCGGCCCUGGCGACCGUUAUCUUACCUGCCCGGAGAUUGGUGUCACCAGUGCGUUAUCGCUAUUGAGGGUCGCACAGGCAUGAAUUAGGCUCAUGUGGUGAUAGUAGUAGUAGUAGUAGUAGUAGCAGCAGGCAGUAGAGAGUGUCGUCUAGUAAACGACUCGAUCGGA